UGGUAAGGCCUUCUUAAUUCCCAUGUGUCUUUAUACUAAACUAUGUUACUCAUGAGCCAGCCAUCAAUCUUGACAGAUGUGUAUUCAUACUGCUCUUCUAUAAAUUGGACUCUGUUUUAGCACAACAAAACCAUCUCUCCACCACAAUGUCUUCUUCCAUUCACCACUAUGCUGUAAUCUUCUUAUGUCUUGCUGCUGCAAUCUUUUCUGUUUCGAGUGCUGCCACGUUUAAGAAACCGAAACCCACGGCCUUUCUUUUUCCUAUCAGGAAAGACACGAAAACUCUCCAGUACUACACCACACUAGACAUUUCCAGUCGAGAAAACUCUGUACAACUAGUGCUGGACCUCGGUGGCCAGCACACUUGGUUCACUUGUAACGCGGAGGUACUUGCAAGCUUCAAGGCCGUCGAUUGUCACUCUAGAAAAUGUAAAGACUAUAAGAGCACCAGCUGCAUGCGCUGUGGUUCUGACCCUGCUGUGAAUGUAGGCUGCACGGAUGAUGCCUGUGCUGUCGACUACAGAAAUCCAUUUAAUACUAGAGAAAUAGGCCGCGGCCUAGGAGAGGAUGCUUUGUUUGUCGACUCUACAAAUGGAUUAUCAGUUGGAUUCAAUUACCAAUCCCCCAAACCAUUUCCAUUCUCGUGUCUGGAAUCAGAUGAGUAUCUCAUCGGAGGCCUGUCCAAUGAAACCAAAGGUAUGAUAGGCCUUAUGAAUACAACAACUUCGUUACAUGCACAAUUGUCAACACAGUUUAAGAUACCUCAUAAAUUUGCUCUUUGUUUGCCCUCUACAUCUGAUUUUAUACUUGGUCACAUGUUCAUCGGUGGGAAGCCAUACUUCUAUCCGCCUUAUAAUAAAGACAUUGGCAGAGAACUAAUCACCGCAAAACUUGUCAGAUACCCUGUCAGUACUGCCAACGUAUUUUCAGUAGGUGACCCUUUGGAUGAAUAUUUCAUAGAUGUUAAAUCUAUUAGCGUCGAUCAUAAAAUUGUCGCCUUUAAUGCUUCUUUGCUAUCUAUCAACGAAGAAGGCACCGGAGGUACUACAUUAAGUGCUGUGACUCCUUAUACAACAUUAGUGACUCCCAUAUACGAGAGUCUCCUAAGUGCUUUCACCAAGGCUGCAGCGCUUAGGAAGAUGAAAAAAGUGUCGGCUGUGGCACCGUUUGGAGCCUGUUACAAAGCUAAAUCUGUAGCCAAAAGCCAGACAGGACCUGUAGUGCCGUAUAUUGAUAUUGGUCUGACGGGGGGCAAGCAACAUUGGAGAUUUUACGGUGCCAAUUCGAUGGUCUUGGUAAAGAAGGAUGUUUUAUGCUUGGCAUUUGUGGAUGGAGGGUCGUCUGUAAGAACUUCUGUCGUCAUAGGAGGCCAUCAAAUGGAAAACUAUCUUAUUGAGUUCGAUCUCGUGACCCCUAAAGUGGGAAUUAGCACUUCACUUUUAUUUCGAAAUUCAACUUGUUCUCAGACUCGACUUCUAUAGAUUUAAGGAUCAGUUUCUGGUGCCAGCAUCACAAGUAGUGGAUAUCCAUAUUUCCUUGUUAUGUAACAGGAUGUCGAGGGUUUGAGUUUUAUUAAAUCGAUGCCUAUAGCUGACUAGAGUCAUCUAUACGACUCUAGUCGUUUUCUUUGAUUGAGCAAUCAAACGAUGCUUUAUAUCUUA